ACGGCUCAGAAAUCCCUGAAUUUCCCUACACCGCAAGGAGGAAACGCAACACAUUAAAUUAACAAGAGUAAAGUUUGAAGAGCCUGAGCAAUUAUAUACGUAUUUUACCAUGUUGAGAAUUUAUUUAGUUUGUGCACUUUUGUUAAUCUUGUACAUAAUUAGAAAAUUAUGUAUAAAAAUAUUGAGAAAACGUAAAAAUGUUUGCGUUCUUGUUCUUGGAGACUUAGGUAGAAGUCCUAGAAUGCAAUAUCAUGUAACAUCAUUUGUAAAAGAAGGUUUUACGGUAGAUUUUAUAGGUUAUCCUGGUGCACUACCACUAAAAGAAAUUAGAGAAAAUCCUCAAAUACGCAUUUACUAUCUUUCAUCACCUCCCAGCCUAGAAAACAAAUUGUCACUCUUUUUGUGCUAUGUUAUAAAAACAUUAUGGCAAAGUUUUAAUCUGUUAUGGAUUUUAUUUUACAAACAUAUACCAACUCAUAUGCUGCUGCAAAAUCCACCUGCAAUACCAACAAUCCCAAUUUGUUGGUUGUACUGUAUCAUUGUGGAUUCACAUUUCACUAUUGAUUGGCAUAAUUAUGCAUUUACUCUUAUGGGACUUAGUUUAACAAAUGAUCAUUUGCUUGUAAAGUUUGCAAAAACUAUUGAAAUGUAUUGUGGUUCGAAAGCACAUGACAAUUUCUGUGUUUCUCAGGCAAUGAGAAAAGAUUUACAACUAAAUUGGAAAAUCAAAGCGGAAGUAUUAUAUGAUCGUCCAACAAAUGAAUUUCAUCCGAUAUCGUUAAAAGAAAAACAUAUGUUUUUAAUGAAACUAAGCAAAAAAUAUAAUGUAUUUAAAGGUCAAAAGGAAAAUACAACUAUAUUUACAGAAUGUACAAAAAAUGAAAUACAGUUAUCUUCUAAAAGAUCUGGUUUUAUCGUGUCAAGCACAAGUUGGACUGAAGAUGAAGAUUUUUCAAUAUUAUUAAAUGCGUUGGAAGAAUAUGAAAACAUGAUUGUGCAAGGUAUUUGUAAUCUACCUGAUUUAAUUUGUGCAAUAACUGGUAAAGGUCCAUUAAAAGAAUUUUAUAAAAGUAUAAUAGAAUUGAAAAAUUGGAAACACGUUACAGUUAUAACGCCAUGGUUGGAAAAUGAAGAUUAUCCUAAAAUGCUGGCUAGUGCAGAUUUAGGUAUUUGUCUUCACACAUCGUCUAGUGGUUUGGACUUACCAAUGAAAGUUGUUGAUAUGUUCGGAUGUGAACUUCCAGUGUGUUCGUAUAAUUUUGAAUGCUUAUCAGAACUUGUUAAUCAUGAACAGAAUGGAAUGAUUUUUUCAAGUUAUAAAGAAUUAACACAACAAUUAAGAACAUGGUUUGAAAAUUUCCCUCAUAAUGAUGCUCAACAGAAAUUGGAUAAAAAAUUUCGGAAAGAACUGCAUAAAUUUAAACAAGAUCAAUGGCAUGAUAAUUGGAUUUCUAUUGUGUUACCUUAUUUUAAAUGAGAAUAUGGGGCACAUUGUGUAUGUAUGGAAGUCGUGGAUGAGCAACAAUAACCGCUUAGGUGAACUGAGUUUUACACAUUCCAGUAAGCAAUAAGUUUUGUCAAUGAAUCAGUUUUUUGUUUAUUAUGUCUUUUGACACCAAAUUAUGUUAUUGUGUGACAUUUUUCAUCCAUCAUGUUAGUCGAAUAGUCGCUCUAAAAGAACUAAAUUUGCGAAUACAUCAUAGAAAGACUUAAAAUAAAAAAUGUGGUUAUUAUUUAGAUUACGGACGGCACCUCCAAUUUCGAUGAUUUUUAUUAAAUAUGUUGUAGAAAUCAACAUUUUGAACUUUUUCCUAUACAUACAUGGUGUCCCAGAACUGGGGUAGAGCCGAAGAGGAAUGAUUGCAAAGGUCAUGGUAAACAACUUUUUCCUUUGCCAAAAUGUUGUUUAAGGCUUCGUUUUCGAGUUAUUAACGAAAAACACUGGCCAAUCAGAGCGCGCCUUUAGCGCGGGCCGAACCACGAGAGUGUUGGGUAUGCUCUGCGUUCAAGCCGUGGUCGUGAUCAAGUGCAUCGGCACCACGUCGGUAUAAUAGGGCAAAAGUUGUAUCGAAUAGUGUAUAAAAAAAAGAAAAGAAUAAUAGUAUCGAAUUAUUGAUUGCUCAUGAACAACGAAUAAAGUAAUGAAUCGUUGUUCAUGUAGAAUGAAUAAAUCGAAUUGAUCCAACACUUUUAUUUGUUGUACGAUAGGAGUUUAGAAAAAUACUUGGUAGUCACUUUUGAAAAAAAAAUGAGAAAAACGAAUAAACGUUUUGGAUAUCAAAAUAAAUUUGCAAAUAGUAAAAAAAGAGAUUAGGUUCCGUAUUUAUUUUAAACGACUAAAACUAUUCUACCAGUUCAGUUUUCUUAUUGUGCUAUGCCAACAGAUUGCGAGCCGUUCGUUCGACACAGCAGUCGCUGAGCACGCGCGCUGUACGCACUCGGAUUGGUCGGUGUUUUUUGUUAAUAACUCGAAAACGAACCAACAUUUUGGCAAAGGAAAAAGUUGUUUAUAAUCACCUUAGCAAUCAUCCCUCUUCGGCUGUCGAGGUAGUCGCGUGACACCCUGUAUAUCCGCGAUGAUCGCAAAAAUUUAUAAAAUUUGUUGUUUAUUAACCAUUUAAAUUCGGUCUUUUUUUUUCGAUUUAUGGUUAUUACCUAAGAGAUAGAAGCCCAAAAUCACCUUACACUAUCCUACAAAUACUACUGGUUCCACUAAAAAGGGUGAAAUAAAAUAAUUUUUAACAAAA